AUGGUGGUGCAGAAGGCACUGUGGUUGGAUCCCCAUGUGGGGGACAUUAUUCAGAUGUGGCAGGCACAGGCUAGCACAGUGAAUGGCACUCCAAAUGGCACACCGGCUAGCCCAAUAGCAUGGCCGUUGGCCAGUGCAGAUGCCCAACUGGCCGAUAUCGAUGAGGGCUGUGAUAGUGCCAGUCCCACACGCUCCACCCCCACCACGGUGCACGAUCGCCCGUCAUUUCAUGACCAUGUGCAGCAGAUGGUCAGCCGCUUCAUGAUCCGUGGCACCCAUGGGCCCAUGCAGACAUUGCUCGACUGGCGCACAUAUGGGUUGAAGAUCCAUUACAAUAGCACGGCGCCGGGCCAUGUGGCGUGGAUGGGAGCCGAUGAGCUGUUGUACAAGGAUCUGCAUUUCACGAUGGGUGAAUUCCGUGGGUUCAUCCACGGGUUGGUUGGGGCCACACGGGAGCUGCUGUGUGAACUAUUAUGGGCACCCGGGCUGGAACUUUUUGCACGAUCGCCGAACCCGGUGGCCCGUGGAUGGCCGGUGGUGGAUGAUCCAGCGGCUGCGCACAGAGCGCCCCGUGCAGCAGCAAUUCAUGCGCCGGGGGCGAUCCACGGCCCAUUGGUGGCACAGUAUCUGGCCCGGGUGGCCCGGUUCAAGGAGAAACUGGCCGUGGCCAUCCAUAUGACGGCGGGGCAGCCGGCACGGGCCCCCGAGCUGCUCAGUGUGCAGUAUGUCAACACGCCGAACAACCAAUUCCGCAAUGUGUUCAUUGAGGAUGGGAUGGUGACACUGGUGACUGCAUACCACAAGGGCUUCCAUGCGAGCAACGACAGCAAGCUGAUCCACCGGUAUGUGCCACGGGCGGUCGGGGAGUUGGUGGUGUGGUAUAUGUGGCUGGCGAUGCCAUUCAUUGGCCAGUUGACAGCGUGGCAGGCCGGCACUGCGCAUGGCACGGUGAAUGGCACAUCGAAUGGUAUGUCAAAUGGCACAUCGAACGGCACAUGGAAUGGUAUGUCGAAUGGCACAUCGAAUGGUAUGUCGAAUGGCACAUCGAACGGCACAUUGAAUGGCACACGAGCCGGCACGGUGAAUGGCACGGUGAAUGGUACAGUGAAUGGCAUGUCGAACGGCACAUCGAACGGCACAUUGAACAGCACAUUGAACAGCACAUGGAAUGGCACACAAGCCGGCACAUUGAAUGGCACACUGAAUGGCACGGCGAACGGCAUACUGAAUGGCACACUGAUUGGCACACAAGCCGGCACGGCGAAUGGCACACGAGCCAGCACGGUGAAUGGCACAUCAAACAGCACAUUGAACGGCACAUGGAAUGGCACACGAGCCGGCACGGUCAAUGGCACACUGAAUGGCAGGGCGAACGGCACACUGAAUGGCACAUCAAACGGCACAGCAAAUGGCAUAUCAAACGACACACUGAAUGGCACAUCGAACAGCACAUUGAACGGCACAUCGAACAGCAUGUUGAACGGCACAACAAACAGCAUACCGAUUGGCACACGAGCUGGCACAGUGAAUGGCACAUCGAACAGCACAUUGAACGGCACAUGGAAUGGCACACCAAAUGGUACGCACAUCGAACAGCACACCGAUUGGCACACCGAUUGGCACACAGGCCGGCACAUCAAAUGCCAUGUCGAAUGGCACAACGAUUGGCACACCGAAUGGCACGGCGAACGGCACACUGAAUGGCACAUUGAUUGGCACGUCGAACGGCACACCGGCAUGGCAGCCCCCAGCCCAUAUUUAUGGGGCCCCGACCCGGGCAUGCAGCGGCCAUGGACCCCCGAGCGAUUCCGGGAGGUGUUGAAGCGGGAGACCCAGGCCCGGCUCGGCCAGGCAUUGAAUAUUCCGGCGUACCGGGACAUUGCCAUUGGCAUCAGCCGGCGGUUCCUGCGGGCAUCCAGCACAUUCACCAGUGACCGCCAGGAUGAAACGGAGCAGGCGGCGGCAUUGGAUGCUGACUGUGAGGACGGCAUGGAUGCGGACCAGUGGAUGGCGCAUAUGACGGAUUUACAGGCGGGCCAUUCAUCGCACGUGGCGGGGAUGGUAUAUGGGCGGCAGCUGAUGGAGCAGGCGGGCACAACAAGCCACCGGCGGGCAAUGUUCCGGCAGUCCAGUGUGGAUUGGCACCAGUUUCUGGGGUUCGGCUGCGGCACGGGGGUUCCAGGAGAUGUCCAUGCCGACAUUGAUGCCGGUGGGCUUCGGGCUGGCUUGGUGGAUGAAGGCAGCUGUCCAAGCCGCCGUCCCGGUCAGGAACAGGUUAGGGCUCGCUUGGUGGAUGAUCCCGGUCAGGAAUGGGUUAGGGCUUGCUUGGUGGAUGAUCCCGGUCAGGAAUGGGUUAGGGCUUGCUUGGUGAAUGAUCCCGGUCAGGAACGGGUUAGGGCUCGCUUGGUGAGUGAUCCCAGUCAGGAAGGGGUUAGGGCUCGCUUGGUGGAUGAAGGCAACCGUCCAAUUCACCAUCCCGGUCAGGAACGGGUUAGGGCUCGCUUGGUGGAUGAAGGUAGCUGUCCAAUUCACCAUCCCGGUCAGGAACGGGUUAGGGCUUGCUUGGUGAAUGAUCCCGGUCAGGAACGGGUUAGGGCUCGCCCCGUGCUUGGGAAACGCAAGCGGGCCCCAUGGCAGGUGGAGGCUGAGGAGCACCACAUGGAGCGGCGCCACCAGCUGCAGACCAUGGACAUGGCCGCUGCGCUGCAGCAGAUGACCGGUCAGGCCGGCAUGCAGUUCCAGGGCAUCCAGGCACCCGCCAUGGCGGCGAUCCAGCAGGGCAAGAGCCCCGUGGUGGCAGUCAUGCCCACCGGCGGUGGGAAAAGCAUGUUAUUCAUGUUGCCCGCGUGGGCCGUCCCCGGGGGCACCACCAUUGUGGUGGUGCCAUUGAUCUCGCUGCGGCAGGAUAUGCAGCAGCGGUGCCGGCGGCUAGGCAUCCCAUGUAUGGCAUGGGACCGGCAGCAGCCAUGUGAUGAAGCAGCCAUUGUGCUGGUCACACCGGAAUCGGCUGUCACCCCCGAUUUCCAUUCAUUCAUCAACCGGUUGGUGGUGAUGCAGCGGCUGGACCGGGUGGUGAUUGAUGAAUGCCACAUCAUUAUGAACCAGCAGAAGAACUUCCGGUCCGCCAUGGCACAGCUUGGGAAGCUCGUUCGGGCCCGUACACAGAUGGUGUUUUUAACGGCCACAUUGCCCCCCGAGAUGGAACCGGAGUUCAGCCAGCGCAUUCACCACCCACAGGAUCAGAUCGAUAUAUAUCGGGCCCGCACGAGCCGCGGCAAUGUGGCAUAUGGGGUGUGGCGGCCACCGAUUCCACACACUGCACCACAUGGAUAUGGAUGGGAGCAGGAUGCCUGGAUUAUUCAGUUCCUGCAGGCGCAGCUCCAGUGGGCCCGGGCCCGGGGGGAAGAUGGUGAUAUAUGCCAACCGGGUCCACCAGGUGCAGGCGAUGGCGGCGGUAUUGGGAUGUGA